AUGCCAGCCAAAAGCCGCGUUCUCGCUGAAAAAGAUGUACGCAAAAUGACAUGUGACAAACUGAGAAAAGAAUUGAAGAGCAAACGUCUCUCCGUUGUAGGAAAAAAGUCGGAUUUACAAUCUCGACUCGUAGAGUAUUUGAAUAAUCAAACCGACGAACAACAAAACGCAGUAAUUAACGAAGAACCAGAAGAAGAUCAUCAUCAGCAAGAUGAAGUUGCAAACAUCGACGAACCCAUGGAAACAGAGGAUACUGAGACACCAUUCAACCGCACUUUUACAGUCGAGGAAGCUGGCGAUGAGGCACAAAACCGAUCAAUUCACGAGAGAACUCCAACUAAUGCUGUUGGUCUAGUUCUCGAUGAGGAUGCAAAACAUAAAAUGUGUGCUGAUCUGGGCAUUGACUUGCAAAACUUCGAAGUGAAGUCUCGUCCAAGAACACAUCGUGCCUCAUCAAGAAAAUCUCUCCGUGCUGCAACGACUUCAGAUCAAUCGUCCGAGCAAUUGGAAGAACCCAUCGAAAAUAGAGAAGCUACCCCUAUCCGUCAACGUGAGGCAUCUACCGGACGAGACAGAUUUGCAUUGCUACAUGCGAAAGAAAUGGAAAAAGAAGAAACUUUAGGAGAACGACGUGAAAGAAUGCAGAAAAGACAUGAAGAUUUGACGACAAAUGUUCCUGAUGCCUUCAAGAGACUUGCCACACCGAAGAGUGUCAAAAAACGGGAGCCACUCGAUAGAUCUGCGAACAGAUCUGCUGGUAGAAAUUGGAUGGUUCAGAAUCCAGCUCAAAUGACAUUCAAAUUCGGAGAAGAUGAAGUUAGCGAUUUUGCCUCUGUUGCAAACUCCAGAAAAGAGACAGGGGAAUGUUCAUCAUCUUCUACGGCCAAUGUGACCAAGAAACCAGCAUCAAGAGCUAGAGCUCGUGUUGAUGUCAAACAAUUGACCAGAAUUCCAGGGCCAAGCCGUAACGCAAUCACUCCAAGACGUGGAACGUCGAAAAAUAUAAUAUCAUCAACGGUCCCAGAAGAUGACACCUUCACCGAUUAUAUCUCAACUCCAAAAGGUUCCACUCCAAAUAGAGUUCCUAAGCGUGGUGGAUACACUCCACACACUUCCAAGAAAGUGUUUGUCGACACGACUCAGCUGACUGAUCGCGAAUAUACUUUGGCCAUGGAAGAAGGCCUAAUCCCUGGAAGACCGACUACUAUGUCUAAACUAGAAAGCCGCCAGCUAGAAAACAAAAAACGCCGAGACGAUAUCAUUGCUCUCAAGCGAAAGAUGAACAUCAAAUAA